GGGCGCCAGGCUCCGGACUCCGCGGCGCCGGCGGGACCUCACUCUCCAGGGCUUGGCGUAGCCGGCGCGCUCCAGCCAGAAUACUGGGAUCUUCAAUGGCAGGAGAAGGAGUGAUCAGAAGACCGAGAUGAAUUUUAACACUAUUCUAGAAGAGAUUCUUAUUAAAAGGUCACAGCAGAAAAAGAAGACAUCACCCUUAAACUACAAAGAAAGACUUUUUGUACUAACCAAGUCCAUGUUAACCUACUAUGAAGGUCGAGCAGAGAAAAAAUACAGAAAGGGAUUUAUUGAUGUUUCAAAAAUCAAGUGUGUGGAAAUAGUGAAGAAUGAUGAUGGUGUCAUUCCUUGUCAAAAUAAAUAUCCAUUUCAGGUUGUUCAUGAUGCUAAUACACUUUACAUUUUUGCACCUAGUGCACAAAGCAGGGACCGGUGGGUGAAGAAGUUAAAAGAAGAAAUAAAGAACAACAAUAAUAUUAUGAUUAAAUAUCAUCCUAAAUUUUGGGCAGAUGGAAGUUAUCAGUGUUGCAGACAAACUGAAAAACUAGCACCUGGAUGUGAAAAAUAUAAUCUUUUUGAGGGUAGUAUAAGAAAAGCACUACCUCCAGCACCAGAAACAAAGAAGCGAAGGCCUCCCCCACCAAUUCCAAUUGAAGAAGAAGAAAAUAGUGAAGAAAUAGUUGUAGCUAUGUAUGAUUUCCAAGCCACAGAAGCACAUGAUCUCAGAUUAGAGAGAGGCCAAGAGUACAUCAUAUUAGAGAAGAAUGAUGUUCAUUGGUGGAGAGCAAGAGAUAAAUAUGGGAGUGAAGGAUAUAUCCCAAGUAAUUAUGUAACAGGAAAGAAAUCAAACAACUUGGAUCAAUAUGAAUGGUAUUGCAGAAAUAUGAAUAGAAGCAAAGCAGAGCAACUCCUCAGAAGUGAAGAUAAAGAAGGUGGUUUUAUGGUAAGGGAUUCCAGUCAACCGGGCAUGUACACAGUCUCCCUGUAUACAAAAUUUGGAGGGGAAGGCACAUCAGGUUUCAGGCAUUACCAUAUAAAAGAAACAACAACAUCCCCAAAGAAGUAUUAUCUGGCAGAAAAACAUGCAUUUGGUUCAAUUCCUGAGAUUAUUGAAUAUCAUAAGCACAAUGCAGCAGGUCUUGUCACAAGGCUGCGGUACCCAGUUAGCGCAAAGGAGAAGAGUGCACCAACCACUGCGGGAUUCAGCUACGAAAAAUGGGAGAUUAACCCUUCAGAGCUGACCUUUAUGAGGGAGUUGGGUAGUGGACUGUUUGGAGUGGUGAGGCUUGGCAAGUGGCGAGCUCAGUACAAAGUAGCAAUCAAAGCUAUUAGAGAAGGUGCCAUGUGUGAGGAGGACUUCAUAGAAGAAGCUAAAGUGAUGAUGAAACUGACACACCCGAAGUUAGUACAGCUGUAUGGUGUAUGCACCCAGCAGAAACCAAUUUACAUUGUUACUGAGUUCAUGGAAAGGGGCUGUCUUCUGAAUUUCCUCCGACAGAGACAAGGUCAUUUUAGUAGAGACGUGCUGCUGAGCAUGUGUCAAGAUGUGUGUGAAGGAAUGGAAUACCUGGAGAGAAACAGCUUUAUCCACAGAGAUCUGGCUGCCAGAAAUUGUCUAGUAAACGAGGCAGGAGUUGUGAAGGUAUCUGAUUUUGGAAUGGCCAGGUAUGUUCUAGAUGAUCAAUACACAAGUUCUUCCGGUGCUAAAUUUCCUGUGAAGUGGUGCCCACCCGAGGUGUUUAAUUACAGCCGCUUUAGCAGCAAAUCAGAUGUCUGGUCAUUUGGUGUUUUAAUGUGGGAAGUAUUCACUGAAGGCAGAAUGCCCUUUGAGAAAAACACCAACUAUGAAGUGGUAACCAUGGUUACUCGGGGCCACAGACUCUACCGGCCGAAGUUGGCAUCCAAAUAUGUGUAUGAGUUGAUGCUGAGAUGUUGGCAGGAGAAACCAGAGGGAAGGCCGUCCUUUGAAGAUUUGCUGCGCACGAUAGAUGAACUAGUCGAGUGUGAAGAAACUUUUGGAAGAUAAGUGGUGGUGUGACCAGUGACUUCCCGAUUCCAAAGCAUGAUGAAGAAAUGGCACUUUGUGGCUAACUUUUAAUUUAUUUAGCACUUGGGUGUGUGGAUUGUUUUACUUAUAAAGUGGAAACGCCUAAAGCAUUUGCUUCUAGACCAGCCUUAGCGCUGUGACUGAAUCUUCUGGAUUAUGGAACAUGCUGCCUUAGAGAUGGUGAUUAAAAGUACUCACUUUUAUCCACUCCACAAGUACUCAAGUGCCCACUAUGUGCUGGGUACUGUGCCCAGGCCCCAGGGUUUGCUCAUUUUCGGGAUGCACAUGGGGGCAUGUUAGCUGGUGCCAAUGGAAGGCCAGGGAAUUUGGGAAGGAGAAGGGCAUUAGGGCCAUGUUCCAACAACCCCCCUCUUCCCUUUGACUUCUAGAGAAAUCGGGGUCUGGGGCAUUGCCUGGAAUAUGGGUUCUGAAUGAAUCAGGAACCCACCUUGGAUAAGUACCUAUCUUUUGUUUUGAAAACAUCUGUUUUCAAGACUACCAUUAGUAUUACAUUAAAAAUAUUUGUAUGCUGUAUAUAUUGUAAAUAUAUAUAAUAUAUAAAGUUAUAUAUUUAUAAGAAACAUGAGUUGUGUUUUAAUUGAAACUUUUAAUUCUGUAAUAUAUGAGCUAACCUUCUUCGGACUAGAGACUGAGCCUUAUAGCUGCCAAUUCCUUUUCCCCUGGGGAUCAAAUAUUCCUUACUUAAGAGAGAAAAGUCUAGACCCUUCUAUCACUAAUGCCUCCUCCUUACUUAGGUAGACUUGUUUGGGGGUGCCUGUCCAGCUUAAGCCCCCAACAGGGCCCAUGUUUGGGCUAAGUGAUCCUGCCCAUGGUGUCCACAGCUAAUUGGAUUUAGGUGGAAAAUUGAAGAAGGGGCAAUCAAUCCGUUUCGACGUCUUAAGAAUCUGCCCCAGGACAUAGAUGCCGUAAGUGGAGGUGCUGGGCUCUGGAGCAGAAGCAUCAGGUGACGUUCACUACAAAGGCUGCCUGCACUGCAGGCAAGCCCCAGAGCAAGCUCCAGUUCUGGCAGAGAGACCAGGGAAAAUAGAGAGCAUGGUGUAUUGAGCUGUCUCCCAGAUCGUUUGCAGGAGACCUGGUUGGACUUGGGUUCCUGGAUCAGCGAGAUUAUCUGUUGCAGCCUCACAGUAGACCCCAUGAUCGAGUUCCUUUGAGUAAGUUUCUGACCCUUACAAUCUCUGACUAAGACAACAGCUGGGUUAGAGCCUUCAUUUUUCCUCAUGAGCCCAGGGAAAAGAAACAGUCUCUGUCAUCGAUAAUAGAGGCUGUGUAUUGCCCCACACAUUGUUCUUGAUAUUGUGGGGGUUGAAAGCGGAGGAAGACGUGGGGCCUUUCUUCAGGAGUUCUGUCUGCUCUGGGGACUGCUAUGGUGUCACCUGUGCGGGGGAGCAUUGUGUGAAC